AAGCUAGUUCGUUCCAUCAUGCGCCUCCAGCUUGACUUUAUGCUCCUUGUAGCAUUGGUGAUUGUGACCAUUUUGGAUGCGGCUGAUUCGUUCGUCACCAACGCCAAUUCGGCCGGAGAAGAUUCGCAACCGCUGAUGACCGGAGAUUAUAACUUCGCCUACGCUGGAGCCGGAGUGGAAAAUGUCUAUUACCCGCAGACGACCGGUGAUCAAAUUGUGAGCGAAUCUGCCAGCGCCGACAUGGGGACGACGUCAGCAGUUUGGCCAGGAGAAGGAGCCAAUCAGUGGAAGACGACCAAUCAGGCUACAGGGAAUCCUAGCCAUCAACAGGUAGGCUUCUUCGAUGUGAUAAGAUCUCUGGCAAAUAUAUUUACUGGAUUAGUUGGACGAGCAAGCACACCCGAAACGCCAACGCCCAUCGGCAGCGGAUAUUAUUACCAGCAUUCGGAAGAGGACAUUACGGAUGAAGACUUUUACGAUGACAGAGUGAUGGCUCCCGUCACUGAUGUUCCGAUCGCUGUUCGGCUGGCGCGAGUGAAGCAAUUAGUUAACACUCGAUUGUCUCCUCGAUCGAAUCCAAACAUUUACGACGGCUAUCCUCAAUACCCGCCCGCCGUCAUGGAGGACCCGAGGCAAGGGUCCGCAUCUGCCCACCAAGAUGUUAUUCUGACGCCAGGCGAACAAGUUUCCGAAAAUUUCGGCUGCAACAGUAGAAUAUGCCUGUGGAAGAAGUGAAUGUUAUUUUUUUGCUUGCCGGAUAAUCAGUGUCAUCUGGAGACGAAUGCUGAACACCAAGUAUAGGACCAAAUGAAAUUAUUUUACAAGAUAUCUUGUUGACGGUUGGACACGCAAAAUCGUAUCAUUGGGAAGAAUCAAAAUUAACUUUAUAUGUUUAAUUUCUAUACUUACAUUCAAUUACAUUUUUUUUAUGUUUCAUUUUUUAAAAUAGGUAUCACACAUA